AUGACAAGCCCCAAGGUCUGGUUCAUCACCGGGUGCAGCAGUGGGUUCGGUCAAGAGCUCGUACUUGCGGCGUUGAGACGAGGUGACAGAGUCAUUGCAACUGCUCGCAAUGCCAGCAAGCUCGACGACCUCAAAGCUGCUGGGGCCACGACGAUGAACUGGGAUGUUACGGCGCCUCUAGAGAAUCUCAAGAAGGCAGCUGAACAGGCACACGGAGUUUACGGACGUUUUGACUACCUGAUCAACAACGCAGGUUACAGUCAAGUCGGGGGAAUAGAGGAAUCCACUCCGGAACAGACUUAUGCACAAUUCGCCACCAACGUGUUUGGGCUGUUGAACACCACCCGGGCCAUCGUUCCGUACAUGCGAGCACAACGGUCGGGAGUUGUGGCCAACUUUUCCAGCGUCGCUGCGUGGACGGGCUACGCAGGCGUUGGGCUCUAUUGUGCUUCCAAGUCGGCGGCCAGUGCUCUCUCGGAGACUCUCUACUAUGAACUGGCCGAUUUCAACAUCAAAGUGUGCACCAUCGAGCCUGGAUAUUUCCGCUCCAAAUUUCUCGCUGCCGGCAACAAGCUCAAGAGAGAGAAUGCGAUUGCUGACUACGAAGGUACGGCCGUGCGCAAAGGGGAGGAAUUGAUGGAUGCAUUCGACAACAGGCAGCCAGGUGACAUCAAGAAGGGCGUCAAGGUCAUUGUUGAUGUCCUGACGGGCGAGACGGGCAAGGAGAUUCCAAUGCGGUUGGUGCUGGGACCCGACGCGUAUGGAUUGAUCAAGACCCAGUGCGAGGAGACUGUCAAAGACCUGGAGGGAUGGAAGGAAUUGACAUGCUCGACCGACCUCGACGAGCAGUAA